UCAAGAAUGAAGUCAAAUUUUGUAAUAUUCAAUGCUUUAAUAACUUUGCUGUCCACUAAAGGAGUUUUUUGCUUAGAUGUUUGUGAUGAUAUACCGAGAAAUAUAAAAGAAUCGAAUCAAUUUUUAUUACAUGAAUGGGGAACAAUCAACCAUAACUCCGUCAGAAUUGAUUUAACAACAUGGUAUUUAAGAACAUUCGAUGAAGGAACAAUUGCAGUUUGGAAUGCCACAAUUAUAUUUUCAAGAGAAAUGCAUGGAAUCCGACUGAGAAGUGUUGAUAACACAGUUUCAAGUGCAGAAAUUAUACAUGGAGGAAUAGGCUUCAGAAUUGCAAUUAUCACAGUUAUUGGACAUGCUAAUAUUUUGACUUUUACUGUUGAUGCAUUUGAAACCCCAGAUAUAAUUUUUAAGGAAUGGGGAACAGUAAAUAACGCAUCACUAACUUUGUUUCCAACUUGGUCUCAUGUAGGAUGUUCUGAGUCUGAACAAAUAAUUAAUACAACGAGAAUAAUUCAUGGAUUAAGAUUAAUUAGUUCAAUUGAUUCAGUAGCAAGCACAGAAGUACUUGAUGGAGGAGUUGGUUUUAAUUUUGUUCAUUUAAUAAUUAGACCGCGUGUACAGUUUAUUAGAUAUACAAUAAUAAUGUUCGAAAAUGGAACAUCAACCAGUACUCCUGCUCCAUCUAUUACAAGUAUGCCUGAAACGAGAGUUGAAAUAUUAGGAAGAAUUAACGAUGAUACUCAGCUUCUUGAUGAGAAACGAUUCCAAAAUUAUCCUGAAGCAGGAUUUACGGCAGAAGGAAACGGUUCAUUUCAAGGAAAAGAAAUAAUUUUGGGAAUUCGCUUGACUAGUCUGAACUAUACUGAUGGAAGUUGGGAAAUUAUUGAAGGAGGUCUUAAUCAAAGUUUCAUAGCAUUUGAAUUUAUAGGAUCUGAUAUAGGAAGACCUUAUGAUUUCAAAAUUGAGGUUUAUGGAAAUAAUGCAAUUAUAAUGAAAUUAUCGGGAAAUUUAUUCAUUUUAUUAAGUGUUUUACACAAUAUUUUAAGAUGAAGCUAAUGUUAAAG